GACGAGGCGGGCUGGGGGCGUGGUCUUACGUCAGGCCCCGCCCCGCCCCGGGCUACUCGGAGCAAGUCUAAGUCAAGCUCUGCGUAAGGCCUGUCCGCCGAGUCCGCGCAAACGAGCACCAUGGCCAUGAUCUUGGGUUACUGGGAUAUCCGUGGGCUGGCUCACCCCAUCCGCCUGCUCCUGGAAUACACUGACUCAAACUAUGAGGAAAAGAAGUACACCCUGGGGGAUGCUCCGGACUAUGACAGAAGCCAGUGGCUGAAUGACAAAUUCAAGCUAGGCCUGGACUUUCCCAAUCUGCCCUACUUAAUUGAUGGUGCUCGAAAGAUCACCCAGAGCAACGCCAUCCUGCGCUACAUUGCACGCAAGCACAACCUUUGCGGGGAGACAGAAGCAGAGGAGAUUCGCGUGGACAUUUUGGAGAACCAGAUUGUGGACACCCGCUUACAGCUGGCCACGAUCUGCUACAGCCCUGACUUUGAGAAGCUGAAGCCCGAGUACCUGGAGGGGCUCCCUGAAAAGAUGAGGCUCUACUCACAGUUCCUGGGGAAGCGGCCGUGGUUUGCAGGGGACAAGAUCACCUUUGUGGAUUUCCUGGUGUACGACGUCCUUGACCAGAACCGUUUAUUUGAGCCCAAGUGCCUGGAUGCAUUCCCAAACCUGAAGGACUUCAUGGCCCGCUUUGAGGGCCUGAAGCAGAUCUCUGCCUACAUGAAGUCCAGCCGCUUUUGCCCGGGCCCCAUGUAUACGAAGAUGGCCGUGUGGGGCAAUAAGUAAGGUCCUAGAAGGCCAGGAGAUUGGAGUGAGGAGCCAGCUCCGUGCCUGCUGCCCAGGGGCCCUGAGACCAGCCCCUCCCCCAACACCAGUCCUCUCUCUCCUCUCCCCUUCAUUUCCCCAGUCUCCUCCCCAAGGCCUUGUUGGCCUUUUAUAUCCCGUCCUAACCCCAAGCCCCUCCAGAUCCUUUACAGUCUCAGUUCCUUCAGGAAAGGAACCUUCCUGCACUGACGCCAAGCAGACCUUCCCUCCCCUCCAGGGUUGCCUCUGCUCCAAGGAGCCCCACUGGACCCCUUGCCAGUAGACUUAGCCCUCAGCAACUCCAGCACUACCCAGAACUAUCAGCCUUGGCCUGGUGUGCCUGCCCUGCUGCCCAGCCAUGGUCCUUUCCCAGCCCUGUCCAAUCCCCAGUGAAAUCUGGGCCACACCUGCUAUACUUGCCUUACUCCUUCCUGGGUACCUGGAAUCAGGGCUGACUGUGUUGCUGAGAAGGCGUCUUCCCCUUGUCUUCUGGCCUCCCUGGUCUGAGUGGGGUGGAUGGGAAUGUGGGUGAGGAGAGGGGGUUAUGAGGUUUCUACCUGCCUAUGUCCCUCUGUCCCUCACUGUGGGGUCUCUACAGCAGGGAGACCCCUUCUAUUUCUGGAUCCUUCAUUCACUCAGCAUCAUCGAGUGCCUUCUGUAAGCCUCAUGGAACUGUCAUGGUUCAGAGUGGUGGGGAAAGGUACUGAGCAGUCUUCGGGUACUGUGGGGGUCCUGGGGUGUCUACCUUCUGUGAUCCUGAGAACUUUCCCUGAUUUAGAUGCCCCUCCUCUCUGUUUUCACAACACAUCUCAGUAAAGCAUAGCUCAUCAUAUUGUAGUUGUUGCUUUGUUUCUCUCCCAGUAGAUUGUAAGAUCAUUGAGCAGAGAAUCUGUAUUAUUUGACUUUUAUCUUUGUUAUCUAUCAUAGCCUGGGAUGCAGGAAAUAUUCAAUAAAAGUUCGACAUUUGAAAGAAUUA